AUGCAUGAUUGGCAUAACGGGGUUAGGACCAACAGCUUUAAAAAUGAGGCUGAGCUAAUGAAACAGAACACGCAGCACCUGAAGGCAAAUCGACCAUCGCCAUACUACGUGAAAAUGUCUUUUGGAUAUGCCGUGGGGGACGUUAUCGCCAUCCUUGGCCUCUUUGAGCGUAUUGCCAUCGAGCUGCGCAACUAUAAGGGUGCCCCGAUGCAUUUUCAACGGCUUUAUGUCGAACUGGAUCUUAUGCACAGCACCCUAAAGCACGUCAUGAUGUUAGAGCCUGAAUCCCCUACAGAGCACCAGACCAUGGAGAAAGUCAGAGCUAUUAUCAUGCAUUGCAAGCAGCCCCUGCAGUCCAUGGCUGAGAAGAUGCGAGCAAAAGAAAGCAGCUUGGGCCACUUCAAAACUACCAGAAGCCUAAGCAGUAUCGGAACCCGGCUUCAUUGGUCUAUGAUAGCGCAAGGCGAUGUGGAGGACCUAAGGAAAACUAUUCUGUCUCAGAUGGCUGCUAUCAAUAUCCUUCUAAGCGUUCAGCAGAUGAAUCGUAUCGAGCACAUCGCAUUACAGUCUCGUAACAUUGGGACCAGCCAGUUCUUGAUUCUUGAGAAACAUGCAAAUACCAUAGCAGGACACGCAUCGAACAUCCUGACCAUAACAUCGAGAACACAGAGUGCGAUCGACACACUGGCAGUUGAUGCAAAUACUAAUGCCGAAGCACAGUCCAAGCAAGCCAACAUGAUCAAUAAGAAUUUGAAUGCUAUUGAGAAGACAAUGCUUGGCCUCGCGCAGAAAUCUGAGAACACUACAGGAAUGGUUCGUCGCCAAACAGCUUUCUUAGGUCGCCACGUCAAGAUUCUAUUUCGCGUUAUGCAAAACCUAAAAGACCUUUUUAAGCUGCAUAUGCUUCUUGAUAUCACCGCGCAACUAAAACACAUUAUACGAGCUAUUGAGGCAAUACCACUGCAUCUUACUCUUGAUAUCGUUCGACUAGAUGAUGCACAUGGGGAAAGCUGGGCCUUACCGCUACAAGCUUGUACAACUUGGAGGUCCUUCAACGACAUGCUCCGAUUCGUAGUCUAUGCCAACAACAGGCCCGGAGCAGAUUAUAUUACUCAGAACCUAUUCAACGUGUUGAAUGCUAAGACUGGAAAACAUGUCGAUCAUGAAACUUGGGCAAUGUCUGUAAAACCUGGCUUCCACGUCGAGCAAGCCAUGGUUGUUAGAAGAGACCACUCGCUUGAAAGCUGCAUGGAUUUAGACUGCCCCGGGACACUUGCCGAGCAAGUUUUGCAGCAUGUGAACCGGAAGGUCUGGGUCAGGUACCUCCAAUCGAUGGAGCCUAUACAGAAUAUGGACGAUGCUCAGCGUGUAUUGAGUGAAACUCCAACUCACCCCAUGGCAAACGCCUUCAUUGGACUUGAACUUCUUCGAACUGCAGAAGGAAGAUUUGCAUAUAAUUCGGUUCAGGUUGCAAGAGAACACUUAGAAAUCGCCGUUAAAUCAGAUCAGUCCCGAGAUUCACUCGACGGUUUAAGCCGCGCUAUCAGGCUUAAUGCUUAUCUCUUCGAGCCCUGGUAUAACCUCGGUGUCUUGUAUGACUUCUACAACCAACCCAUGGAUGCUCAAGACGCAUUUAUAAAGUGCCUGGAACUGGCCCCGGGGUUACUGAACGUUCAGACACGAGUUGACGCUCAGAAGGCCUAUAUUGAAAGCGAUGACAUCAAGCUUUUAGAGGAUAGCUUGAUCAGAGACAUGAUUGAAGCGCCAUUAAGCGACCAGUACUCCAAGGUUUAUCCUGUACCUGCCUCAACUGAUCACAUCACUCUGGAUCCUCUUCGGCAGGAUUCUUGGGAAGACAAUAACGCAGAUGAGGAAAGUCUAAGCGAUGAUGAUUACACGGAUUGGGAAGAAUUAAGCGAAGAUAACAUGAUCGCAGUCGACUCGUCACAGAGAAUGGCUUAG